UAUCCCUGCAACUGCGUUUGCGUACUUAACCUGCUAGCUCUUGAAGGAGCUCAGUUGACCCGGAAAUCUAGCAAGAACAACAACAAACUUUACGAACUUUGCGCUUUGCCAAUCGCUCGGUAACUUUAAAUAUGUGAGCCCAAUUCGACAAAUUCUUUGUCGCUGGUGAGUUCGCAGACCCCACAACACAAGUCCCACUCGAGUCGGCCAUCCAGCAAGUCGUCGACCAACCCUCUCUCCCUCAUGCACUUCACCAUGACGCGCGACACCAUCUCCCGUUUCCUCCCCUUCAGCCCAUCGACCACGCCACUUCAGGCGGGGACGUACCUCUGCUGCAUCUCGCUGUUCAGCAUCUCGUUCCUCGUGUUCCUAAACUCGGCCGUGUCGUUCGUCAUCACAGACCUGAUCGGCAUAAAGACCAACGUGGGCGACAUUGUUGGCACCCUCGGCUUCGUCGACGAGAUCGUCGCACUUGUCGCCUGUCCCGUCUGGGGGCUCGUCAGUGACCGCCUCGGCGUACGAUGGGUUGCCGUACUGGGGUAUGCCGUCAUUGGGCUGGCGCUCUUUGUCUUCGUGCAGGCGCGCGCGGUCUGGCCUAGUCUGGUUCUGGCUAGGAUAUUAUUCGCCGUGGGAGCGACGGCUGCGGCAACUAUGGUCACGGCUAUUCUACCGGUGCUGACUGAUGAUGGGGAAGAGGAUACUCGGGACGAUGAUGAUGGCACGGCUUCGAAGCCGAACAGUAGUCAGAGGAACAGUGUGGCCAUGAGCACGGAGAGUGAUGCGACGAUUACUCCGGAUCGGUUCCCGAGGACUAUGUCGAAUGGAGGGCGGCUACCGGAGGACGUGGAGGACACGGGGAGCACGAACAAGCCCGAGAACACGGGGAAGAAGCCAUCAGCACUUGCCGGUCUCGUCGGGCUCUUCACGGGGUGUGGAGCACUUGUCGCACUGGUUUUGUUCCUGCCAUUGCCCGCCCAGUUUUCGAAGCGCCAAGGUGUCACGCUCGCCCAGUCAGUGACAUACAGCUUCUAUGUCGUUGGCAGUAUCUCGUUCCUCGUUGCCGUCUUCGUUUACUUUGGUCUUGCUGGCUUGAAGGGCGAGGACGGCAAGGGCUGGCGAAUGCUACUCAGCCUGGAGAAGAAAGAACCGUAUGACUCAGGCCUCGAUGCUACUUCUUCCUCAACCCGCGUGAAGCCAUUCAAGCCUCUCCCUUAUCACCAACUACUACUCUCGUCCCUUCGUCUCGGCACAACAGACCCCCACAUCGCUCUCGGAUACCUGGGCGGCUUCGUUGCGCGCGCCAGCACCGUGGCUAUCAGUCUCUUCAUCCCGCUGUACGUCAACGCCUUCUUCAUCGGCAACGGCUUCUGCCAGGGCUCACCUAAUGACCCUUCACCCGAGCUGAAGAAGGAGUGUCGUGCCGCAUACAUCCUCGCAUCGAUCCUGACGGGUGUUGCUCAGAUGGUGGCCCUGCUCUGCGCUCCCGUGUUCGGGUACCUGAGUACCAAAAGAUGGCGAGGCGUCAAUCUUCCCGUCUUGAUGGCCACGUUGUCGGGUGUAGUGGGCUAUGCCCUCUUCCCCAGGCUGCAGAGUCCGGAGUACAAGAACGUCAACGGCCGAGGUGGAAGUGGGGCCAUCUUCUUCGUCGUUGCGCUUUUGGGAAUCAGCCAGAUCGGCGCUAUUGUCUGUAGUUUGGGCUCGUUGGGCCGCGGCGUGUUGACGGUUGACCAGCCCGCACAGUCGUCGGCCCCGUCCGCCCGCCAGGAUGAUGGCGAGGCGGCUCCCUUGCUGGAGAAUGGACAUGCCGCGCCGGUCAAUGAUGGGUCGAGGGUUCAGCUGAAGGGCUCCAUUGCGGGUGUGUACUCGUGGUGUGGAGGCGCGGCUAUACUGUUGCUCACGAAGCUGGGUGGGUAUUUGUUCGAUGCCACGAGCAGAGGGGCGCCGUUUUACAUGAUGGCUAUGUUUAAUGCCAUCUUGCUCCUUGCCAGCCUCGGUAUUGAUCUAGGCAGAGGAAUCAGGGCGAGGUCAGCAAGCUAAUACUUAAUAUAGAACCACAACAUACGAAAUUGAAACUUUUCUUUUUUUUUUCA